AUUAAUUUUGAUAAAAAAAUCAUAUUUAGUUGAGUACUGUGAUUUGGUGGGAACGCCAUCUUGUCAAAAACUUUUUUUUUAAGAUUCUAAAAAUCAAAGACCACUUCGCCCGGCUUGGAUUUGAUCCAACGAGAUUUUCGGUCAGACAGAUACAAAAUAAAUAAUUCAUUUUACAAUCAGAUUUUUGUAGUCCAGAUACAGAAACAUUAUAUGAAAGCACAAUGGUUUGGUUACCUUGCAUGGGUGCACGAGAUGAAGUGGAGGAGCAUUCUAAACAGAUCGACCGCGAGAUCAAACAGUGGAUCAAAUCCUAUAAUCAAGCUAUAAAGCUGUUGUUACUGGGUACUGGUGAGAGUGGUAAAACAACAAUUAUAAAACAAAUGAAAAUUUUACACGUACAAGGUUUCUGCGCUAGCGAACGGGCAGAGAAAGCAAAUCUAAUUCGACACAACAUCCAUGAAUCUAUCCACGAUAUCGUAGACAAUAUGAUUGUCCUGAACAUUCCACUGCAAAAUCCAAAGAAUGAAUACUCAAGAGACUAUAUCUUAAAACUGGGACCCGAGGGACCCACUAAAUAUUCAGAAGAAUAUUUUGACCACGUAAGAACGUUAUGGCGAGACGGUGGUGUUAGAGAAUGCUUUAGACGAUCAAAUGAAUAUCAACUAAUAGACAGCGCUGAAUAUUUCUUAGAUAGAAUAGAUCUUAUUGAAAAACCUGAUUAUAUACCGUCAGACGCAGACAUAUUGAGGUGUCGACAGAAAACUACUGGUAUACAGAAGAUUGAAUUUAAAGUUAAGGUGCCAAAAUCAAUGCAUGGUGGCGUGCAGGAGUUUUGGAUGUUCGACGUUGGAGGUCAGAGGGGGGAAAGAAAGAAAUGGAUACAGGUAUUCGAAGGUAUCAACGCGAUCUGGUUCCUUGUGGCGUGCAGUGACUUCGAUCAGACUCUGCGUGAGGAUGCCACUCAGAACAGGCUUAAGGAGGCCCUCGCGUUGUUUGAAGAUGUCUGGCAAAGCAGAUUCCUCCUAGAAGCUGGCCUAAUCCUGUUUCUGAACAAACAAGAUCUAUUAGAAAGCAAGGUGGCUCAAGGUCGCAGUAUUGCUCCUUACUUCCCCAAUUACAACAACUUUGAGGCCGCUGGCGACGAGUAUACAAGAACUAAGCUAUUUAUUAGGAGUUUGUUUGUGGAUUUGAUAACAAAAAAGCGGGAACGCCGGGCCUUAGACGCGUCAGCUGAGCGUUUCGUUAUUGCCGAGGCGCGGCGGCCCAGAGAAUGUUACUUCCACUUCACAACGGCUACAGACACAGACAACGUGCGAACAGUAUUCAGGGAUGUUCAUCAAAUAAUAUUAACACAUAUGCUUAGUAAUUUAGGGGUUUAUUGAUAGUAUUAAUAUCUGUUAAUUUUCAUUGCUUAAUAUCUGAAUUUGGAACGCAUUGUCUUUCCUG